AUGGGCCUUCCCAUCCCCACCAUGGGCCCAACAUGGACCCUAGGGAUGGGAGUCCCCACAUGGAGCAAAACUAAAAGCCACACAGUUCACGAACAAGGGAAACAAGUGAAGGAAAACAUAAGACAUGGAAAACAUAAAGGCACCUCAAGCUGUAUAGCAGAACUCAAGGUCUCCUCUAUUGUCUCGAGCUUGUGCAUGGUGGAGAUGGGUCCCAUUCACCACCAAUCCUCCUAGGGUUGGAAGAACUUGACUCUAUUGAGUUGGUGAGUGGAACAAGCAUGGGCUUGAUCAAGUUUGGCUGCAAGCAUGCGAGGUCCUCCUCCAAAAUCUAUGUGUCGUCUACUAUAGUACAAGCCUGCCAAUGCAUGAGAAACCUCCAUGAAACUUUAUCCCCUGAAAAGCCAAUUACCUCAUGCAGUACCUCCUUGACCUGCUCAUGCCAAUCAGGUGGUAAAACAAGGGGAGUGGACUCAAAGGCAAACUCACUCUCAAAGAAUGGGCUGGGGUAGGGAGGCUGGUCAGAAGGUGGGGCUCAGUACGUAGCCAAGUCUGCUACGUUGAAUGUCGAGCUAAUCCCCCAUGAUGGAGGGACGUUGAUGAUGUAGGCAUUCUCACCUACACGAGUAAGGAUCUAGAACAAGCCCAUGCUAUGAGUAUGGAGCUUCAUAGCCGUGUGAUAAGUCUUCAUUAUCAUGAGUAAAUAAUUAGUAAAUAAUGUAGUUCUAGCCUUAACUCAUGAUAAAUAGACUUAUAUUUAUGUUAAAGUGUGGAAAUAGUUUUCAGUUGAUUAAUGUGAAUUUUUGGGUAAUUAUGUGAUUUUACAAGAAUUUAUAUGAUUUUUCAGUCUUGCUUUUGAGAUAAAUGAAGAAGAAGAAAUAAAAAAUAAAAAUAAGACAAAAUGAGGGGGACUCGCCGUCUAGCCGGGCCCGCAAAUAGGUCAGAAGCUCAGUUAGGAGUAGCUGCAAGCAAGGGCUCGAGCAACUUAGACCGAUAGGGGCACACGUACGAGCCACUCUCCUUCUAUGUCACCGAUGGCCAGUUGGUUGUGGGGCAAAGAGUGGUCAUACACACAAGAGAAGGAACUUAGAAAUGUAACAUUACUAUAUAUUCGGCCAAAAAAUUGGCACACAACGGACGUGGGAUUAAACCCACGUCACACCUUCCUCAGAAGGGGUGGGCAAUUGGCAUGGGUUUGAAUCCUCCUAGAGCCAAAACUCAUAUUUUUUUAUGUGAUUAUCAUGACUUUCUUGUAGAUCGCUGGUGAAGGAUUAAGCAACCAGAAUCGCUAGAUCAUCAACAAAAAUCUCAUCAACACGAUUUGUGAAGUAUUGUUACUAAAAUUGUUGAAUGAUUCGCCAUAGAAAGAUCGCGAAUCUAUCGAGUAAAGCAUAUCUAAUUGAUUGAUAAACAAGCCAUUGUCGAGAAGAGGACGGUCCGUCGGGAGAUGAGUCGCCAUCUCCUGAGAGUGUACCGGAUGCAAUGAAGAGCCUCCUCUUGUUGCGCAAACCUGAGGAUGAAGUUCCCUGACAUGUGCCCCACCUCCAUUCAGCUCCUCUUCGUUGGGUGACAGCUGUUGGAGAGCUGCAAAGUCGUCGUUUUUUCGCUCUGUCAGGUGACAGCCACCAGAGAUGAUUCGACGACCCAUUUUAUUAAUCUCUAGACUUCGCAAGGAGAUCUAAAGAUUGCCCAUGUCGUCUUUAUCCAAGGAGAGCCUUCAAGGUUGUGGACACUACACGACAAUCCUCCUUGAUGCUCAAGAUUUUAGUGCAUCGCCGACGCAUCGCCAUCGCGAUGUCGAAACUCUAUUUUCCUACUUUCAAUUUACUUUACGCUUCAUUUAGUGAUAAUUUUUGUGAUUUUAAUUUACUAAAAUAUAUUUUGUUCAAUUACGAUUCUUGUAGCUUUUACAAAUCUUAAUUUGAUUAAUUAAAUCAUUUGUAACUGCUUAUGUAAGAAUCAUUGGGUGGAACUCUAUUUCUGCCUGAUUCGCAUUCGUCGGGCGCUGAUGUCAUCAUGACAUCCACACCCUUAUUUCCUUUUUUCUAUGAAUUUUAAAUAUAUUUCCUUUUCAUUUCUUAGUAUAAAAUUCAUAGAAAAUCAUAUUCAUUGAGAAAAAAUUUUAAAAAUUGCCAGAUAUUAUAUUAUAUUCUUGUGAUCGACUUGGAAAAUUAUUGCUAUUUUUUGGAAGUUUUAUUAAAUUAUAAUUGAGUUCAGAAAUACUUCUAAAUAUCUGAAAAAUCAUAUUUUCUAGUUUUAUAAAUUUUAAAUUUGUGUGAUAUACAACGAUUGAGUCACAUCACCGUGCUAAGAGAAUACCUCUCAGAUCUCAACUUGACCAUCACUUGGUUGCCCAUGUUGAAGCUCUGGAGUCAACAAUGUAAAUCGGCAGCCUACUUGUAUAAUGCAUUGCGACUGGUAAUCCUAUUAUGAAUAUGCUGAUGCAAGUCACUAAUAUGCUGGGCAAAUGCAGCACCAUCUUCAGACACUCUAACAUGUAGGUCAACGAGCACUAAGUAUAGGGGCUUGUGGGGUGCAAGACUAAGGGCAAUCUCAAAAGGACUCAUGCUAGUGGUGUGGUUGGCUGAGGAGUUAAGGCAAACUCAGCAUGGGGGAUAAUCAGAUCCCACAUUGUGAGGUUCUCCCCCACCAAAGAUCGGAGCAAGUUCCCUAAGCUCCUAUUGACGACCUUUGUCUAGUUGUCCAUUUACGGAUGAUAUGCUGUUGAGAAUUUGAGCUUAGUGCCUAGCAAGCUUGACAAGGUCCUCUAGAAGUGGCUGGUGAAAUGGACGUUGUGGUCUAAGAUGAUGGACUUGGGCACUCCAUGUAGGUGCACUAUCUCUCGAAGUAUAGCUGAGCUAUACGGAUCGCGUCGAAGGUCUUCAAACAAGCACAAAAUGUGUCGUCUUUGAAAAUCAAUUGAUGACGACCAUGAUAGAAUCAUGUUGAUGGGUGGUGUGGGGAAGUCCCAAUACGAAGCCAAUGUUGACAUCGUCCCAAGGGCGCAUCAAUAUAGGAAGUGUCGUAUGAAGUUCAGCAUUCUUCUUAACUUGCUUUGCAAAGGCACACACAUGGCACUGAUUGACGAUGUUCCCUACAUUGCACUUCAAACUCGACUAGUAGAACUAGUAUCCUACAAGCGUGAUCAUCUUGUCACGACUGAAGUGACCGGCAAGACCUUUGGCGUGACACUCCAAAGUGAGGAAGUCUCGGAGAGAAGUGCGGGGUAUGCACAAUCUAUUCUUAAAGAAUAGAUAUCCAUAUGUCAAAAGUUAGUCUGGGUGCUUGUGUGUCGUCCCAAGCUCAAGGCCAUAGUUGGGGGAAUCUACAUAUGAGUCCUUUAAGGACUCAAAUCUGGUAACCUGCACCUUCACCAAAUUGAGAAGGUGGGUUCGGCAACUCAAGGCAUCAGCAAUCACAAUAUCAAUGCCCUUCUUGUGCCGAAUGACGAAUGUGUAGUCUUGAAGAUACUUGACGUGACUCAGUCGUUGUAUAUUAAAUCACGCAAAUAUAAAAUUUAUAAAACUAGAAAAUACGAAUUUUCAAAUAUUUAGAAGUAUUUCAAAAUAAAUAUAUCAAUUAUAAUUCAAUAAAAAUCCCAAAAAUAGUGGUAAUUUUCCAGAUCGAUCACAGGGAUGUAAUAUAAUAUCUGGUAAUUAUUCAGAAUUUUUCUCAAUGAGUAUGAUUUUCUUACGAAUUUUAUACUAGGAAAUAAAAAGGAAAUAUAUUUAAAAUUCACAAAAAAAGAGGAAAUAAGGGUGCGGACGUCAGAAUGAUGUCAGCGCCCGGCGAACGCGAAUCAGGCGGAAAUAGAGUUCCGCCCGGCGAUUCUUACGUAGGCGAUUACAGACGACUCAAUUAAUCAAAUUAAGAUCUGUAAAAGCCGGAAGAAUCGUAGUUGAACGAAGUAUAGUUUGGUAAAUAAAAAUCAACAAAGUAUCACUAAAUGAAGCGUAAAUUAAAUUGAAAGCAGGAAAACAGAAUUCCGGCGUCGCGACGGCGACGCGUCGGCGAUGCACCGGAAUCCUGAGCGUUCGGGAGGAUCGUCGUGCAGUGUCCACGGCCUCGAAGGCUCUCCUUGGACAAAGACGACGUGGGCAAUCUCUAGAUAAAGCAGGAAAACAGAGUUCCAGCGUCGCGACGGCGACGCGUCGGCGAUGCACCGGAAUCCUGAGCGUUCGGGAGGGUCGUCAUGCAGUGUCCACGGCCUCAAAGGCUCUCCUUGGACAAAGACGACGUGGGCAAUCUCUAGAUAAAGCAGGAAAACAGAGUUCCGGCGUCGCGACGGCGACGCAUCGGCGAUGCACCGGAAUCCUGAGCGUUCGGGAGGGUCGUCGUGCAGUGUCCACGGCCUCGAAGGCUCUCCUUGGACAAAGACGACGUGGGCAAUCUUUAGAUCUUCUCGCGAAGUCUAGAGACCAAUGAAGUGGGUUGUCAAAUCGUCUCCGGCGGCUGUCACCCGGCGGAGCGGAAAAACGGCGACUUUGCGGCUCUCCGGCGGCUGUCACCCGACAGAGAGGGGCUGGAUGGAGGUGAGGCGUGUGUUAGGGAGCUUCAUCCUCAGGUCCGCGCAGCAAGAGGAGGCUCUUCAUCGCAUCUGGUACGCUCUCAGGAGGUGGCGACUGGUCUCCCGGCGGAUCGUCCUCUUCCCGACGACGGCUUGUUCGUCGAUCAAUCGGAGAUGAUUUACUCGAUGGAUUGCGAUCCUUUUAUCGCGAAUCGUUCAGAAAUUUUAGUAGCACUGCUCCGCGAAUCGCGUUGACGAGAUUUUCGCCGAUGAUCCAGCGAUUCCGGUUGCUUAAUCCUUCACCGGCGAUCUACAGGAAAGUCGCGAUAAUCAGUUAAAAAUAUAUGAAUUUUGACUCUGGGAGGAUUCGAACCCGCGGCGGUCGCCCGCCCCUGAACAAGGUGGAUUUAGUCCCACAUCGGUUGUGCGCGGAUUAUUCGGGCGAUUAUAUAAUAAAGUUAGCUUUCUAGGCAAAGUCCUCUCGCGUGUACGACCACUCCUUGCCCCACAGCCGGCUGACCACCGGUGACGUGGAAGGGGAGUGGCGCACACGUGCCCCUAUCGAUCCAAGCAAGCCGCUCGAGCCCCUGCUCGCGGCUACUCCCCGACUGCGCUUCCGACCCACUUGCGGGCCCGGCUGGCCGGCGGAUCACCCCAUUUUGCAAUAUUUUUAUUUUUAUUUCUUGUUCUUCAUUUAUCUCAAAACUAAGACUGUAAAAAUCGUAUAAAAUCACAUAAUUACCCAAAAUUCACGUUAAUCAACUGAAAACCACUUUUCAUGCUUUAACACAAAUAUAAGUCUAUUUAUCAUGAGUUAAGGCUAAAACUAUAUUAUUUACUAAUUAUUAACUCAUGAUAAUGAAAACUAUAUUGACGAUGUUCCCUACAUUGCACUUCAAACUCGACUAGUAGAACUAGUAUCCUACAAGCGUGAUCAUCUUGUCACGACUGAAGUGACCGGCAAGACCUUUGGCAUGACACUCCAAAGUGAGGAAGUCUCGGAGAGAAGUGCGGGGUAUGCACAAUCUAUUCUUAAAGAAUAGAUAUCCAUAUGUCAAAAGUUAGUCUGGGUGCUUGUGUGUCGUCCCAAGCUCAAGGCCAUAGUUGGGGGAAUCUACAUAUGAGUCCUUUAAGGACUCAAAUCUAGUAACCUGCACCUUCACCAAAUUGAGAAGGUGGGUUCGGCAACUCAAGGCAUCAGCAAUCACAAUAUCAAUGCCCUUCUUGUGCCGAAUGACGAAUGUGUAGUCUUGAAGAUACUCAACCCAACGGACAUGUCGAUUACUCAGCUUUACUACGACUACAAAUACUUUAGGGCCUAAUGGUCAAAGUAGAGCAUGAACUCCUUCGACAAGAGGUAGUGCUACCAAUGCUUCAGCACUUAGAUGACGGCUGAUAAGUCUUCAUUAUCAUGAGUUAAUAAUUAGUAUAUAAUAUAGUUUUAGCCUUAACUCAUGAUAAAUAAACUUAUAUUUGUGUUAAAGAAUGAUUUUUGGUUUUCAAUUGAUUAACGUGAAUUUUUGGGUAAUUAUGUGAUUUUUACAGUCUUACCUUUGAGAUAAAUGAAAAAAAAGAAAUAAAAAUAAAAUAUAUUACAAAAUGGGGGGGUACCCGUCAGCCAGCUAGGUCCGCAAGUGGGUCGGAAGCGCAAUUGGGGAGUAGCUGUGAGCAAGGACUCGAGUGGCUUAGCUUGGACCGAUAGGGGCACGUGUGCACACUCCCCUUCCACGUCACCGGUGGCCAGCCGGCUAUGGGGCAAGGAGUAGCCAUACACGCGAGAGAAGGAACUUUGCUUGCAAAGUUAACAUUACUAUAUAUUCGCCCGAAAAAUCGGUGCACAAUCGAUGUGGGACUAUACCCGUGUCACACCUUCCUCACAAGUGGGCGACUGGCGUGGGUUUGAAUCCUUCCAGAGUCAAAAUUCAUAUAUUUUUAUUUGAUUAUCACGACUUUCCUGCAGAUCGCCGGUGAAGGAUUAAGCAACGAGAAUCACUGGAUCAUCAGCAAAAAUCUUGUCAACGCGAUUCGCGGAGCAUUGCUACUAAAAUUGCUGAAUGAUUCGUGAUAAAAGGAUCAUGAAUUCAUCGAGUAAAUCAUCUCCGAUUGAUUGACGAACAAGCCGUCGUCAGGAAGAGGACGAUCCGCCGGGAGACUAGUCACCACCUCCUGAGAGCAUACCAGAUGCGAUGAAGAGCCUCCUCUUGCUGCGCGGAUCUGAGGAUGAAGCUCCUUGACACGCGCCCCACCUCCAUCCAACUUCUCUCCGUCAGGUGAUAGCCAUCGGAGAGCCGUAAAGUCGCCAUUUUUUCGCUCCACUGGGUGACAGCCACCGGAGACGAUUUGACGACCCACUUCAUUGAUCUCUAGACUUUGCGAGAAGAUCUAGAGAUUGCCCACGUCGUCUUUGUCCAAGGAGAGCCUUCGAGGCCGUAGACACUACACGACGAUCCUCCCGAACGCUCAAGAUUCUGAUGCAUCGCCGACGCAUCGCUGUCGCGACAUCGGAACUCUGUUUUCCUGCUUUCAAUUUAAUUUAUGCUUCAUUUAGUGAUACUUUGUGUAAUUUUAAUUUACCAAACUAUACUUCAUUCAAUUACGAUUCUUCCGACUUUUACAGAUCUUAAUUUGAUUAAUUAAGUCUCCUGUAAUCACCUACAUACGAAUCGUCGGGUAGAACUCUGUUUUUGCCUAAUUCGCGAUCACGGGCGCUGACAUCAUCCUGACGUCCGCACCCUUAUUUCCUUUUUUUCAUGAAUUUUAAAUAUAUUUCCUUUUUAUUUCCUAGUAUAAAAUUCCUAAAAAUAUUGUAUUCAUUGAGAAAAAUUCUGAAUAAUUACUAGAUAUUAUAUUACAUCUCUAUGAUCGACUUGGAAAAUUAUCGCUAUUUUUGAAAUUUUUUUUGAAUUAUAAUUGAUAUAUUUAUUUAGAAAUACUUCUAAAUAUCUGAAAAUUCGUAUUUUCUAGUUUUAUAAAUUUUAUACUUGCGUGAUUUAAUAUACAACGAGAUUUUUGCUAAUGAUCUAAUGAUUCUAGUUACUUAAUCCUUCACUUGCGAUCUACAGGAAAGUCAUGAUAAUCAGAUAAAAAAUAUGAGUUUUGGCUCUCGAAGGAUUUGAACUCGUGCUAGUUGCCCCCCCUUUUUGGGGAAGGUGAUGUGGGUUUAAUCCCACAUCAAUUAUGCACCAAAGUUUUUGGUGAAUAUAUAACAAUAUUUUAUUUCUGAUCAAGUCUCUUUCUCACAUGUGUACGACCACUCUUUGCCCCACAAUUGACUGGCCAUCAAUGAUGUGGAAGGAGGGUGGUGCACACGUGUGCCUAUCGGUCCAAGCCACUCAAGCCCCUACUCGUGACUACUCCCUAACUACGCUUCCAACUCGUUUGCGGUCCCGACUGGCCGAUGGGUCCCCCUUAUUUUGUCUUAUUUCUAUUUUUAUUUCUUUUUCUUCAUUUAUCUCAAAAGUAAGAUUAUAAAAAUCAUAUAAAUUCGUAUAAAAUCACAUAAUUACCUAAAAAUUUACGUUAAUCAACUAAAAACCACUUUUCACACUUUAACAUAAAUAUAAGUCUAUUUAUCAUGAGUUAAGACUAAAACUAUAUUAUUUACUAAUUAUUAACUCAUGAUAAUAAAGACUUAUCAACAUGUACGAAAUAGAAAUAACUUGUCGUAAAAUAUAAAUAAAUAUAAAUGAUAAAAGCAGAAAAUAAAGUACUGCUCAAGUUUAGUCUACCUCCUAGGCACCAAGAGACAUUGGUGUGGUGGCUUACUUUUGUUUGGACAUCCCACACCAUGCCGGAAGUCGCAAAAGUAUUGUCUAGAAACACUAUGCCGCUUGCCGUAGGGAUCCACUGAAAGAGUGGUCGACCAUGAUGUCACUGUUGUUUGGAGGGAGAAGGGAAGAGUUGAACAUUCGCCAAAGGUCUUGAGUGUAGUUGGGGGAGGAAGGAACAAGCUCACCAAUUGUCGUAGGUGUUGAUUGUGCGAAAAGAUGGAAGAAUAAAUUGUCAUAUUCACAACUGCUAUUAGGAUUUUAAAGAUAAUCGAUAAUAUCUAUGUUACUAGAUAAUAAUCAAUUAUUAUCUUUAUAUCCAUGACGAUGAUAUGUGCGAGAACUUAAGUUCUUAGUAUCAUGACACUUCGCAAGCUGUAAGAUCAGAUGUGCUUGGUCAUGUGACGUAUUGAGCAAUGUCAGAUUAACCCACCACGAAUCGAUGCCUACUAAGAACUUUAAGUCCCUAGUACUGUGGCACUUUGCUAGCCAUCAAUUCAUGGUUUAUGAUCACAUGCAUAUUGAGCAGCAUUGGAUUCGUGAACCACUAAUGGAUUGCUUUACGCUUUGAGUAUCAUGGUAGUUCUCUCACCGUAGAAUCUAUCUUAUCUGAUGAAAUGACUUAUUGAGCACUACUAGUGCACACUAGACUACUACCCUGAAACAAAUAAGAAUGUUUAGUCCUAUAUUAGAAGGUUUUCAUCGAUUAAAUUGAAUAUAUAUCAAAGUAAUGCUCUCUAAGUAGAGAUCUAUUUUCCUGAAAUAAAAUAAUACCUAAGACCAUCUUAGAAGAAGGUAAAAAGGUGGUCUACCCUCAAGCAUAUGACGCUCUUUGUUCCAUGACUAGUUGGCCACCAGUACAUGGUAGAGUGACACCCACAUGCAUGAAGUGAGUCCUUUGCCACAUAACCCCAGCUCAUGGCUCCCCUAGUCUAGGUCUACCCACUUGACCGUAGUGCCCCUCUAGGUCAACUAUUGAGUGAUGGCUUGCUAGGGUGGUAAUAUUUUGUAUAUUUUAUUCUUUGAUUUUUAUAAAUAAUUAAAAAUGAUGUUAUGUAUUUUAACUUACUUUUAAAAUUAAAAACAUAUUCAUAUAUUUAUUUUACAAGCUAACACAUCAAAAAAAAAAAACAAACCUAAUUAAAACAUAAAAAUCUAGCUUUAACACCUCUCGAGUUGCCUCCAUCACUAGGCAUUUAUAUUACAUCAUUUUCAUUGAUGAUUACACUUGUAUGAGUUGGGUUUAUCUCUUCCGUGAUCAAUCUCAAGUUCUCUUUAUUGUUACUCAAUUUAUCACUAAGAUUGUUACUUAAUAUUUUAGUACAUCAAAAGUUCUUCACAUGAACAAUACACUUGAACUUGUUCAAUAUGCUAUUCAAACCUUUUGUAUUAAUUAUGGUAUUAUUUAUCAGACCACCUAUCCAUACACCUCCCAAUAGAAUAGAGUUGUCAAAUGUAAACAUCGCCAAUUACUUGACAUCAGUCACACACUGCUCAUUUAGAUGCAUGUUUCACAUUACUUAUGGUUUGAUGCACUCUUGACUACCACUUAUCUUCAAAACUGCCUUCUUUCUGCUCCAUUAAGUGGUUCUAUUACUUUCCAACAUCUCACACCUGAUGCUUCUCUUUUUUCUUUACUUCCUCAGGUUUUUGGUUGCACCACUUUUGUUCAUGAUCACUCAUCAUCUCUUUUCAAACUUGUACUCUAAAAGGUAUCUUUGAGGAAUACUCACAAACUCAAAAAGUUCAUCGAGUAUAUUUUCCUAAUCCUUAUCACUAUGUGACCUCAGUUGAUGUUAUCUUUCAUGAGAAAUUCUCUUUUUUUGCUCCAUCAACUUCAUCUUCUCAUCCAUCUAUGUCUCCACCCCCUAGGUUUCCACCCUUUGUCAUUCUCGUGGAUCCUCCUCCUUCUAUUCCUUCUUUAUCUCUCCCUUCUUCAUCGACGCCUAUCACCCACAUCCACUACUAAUGUGUCAACUCCAAGUGCAACUCCAUCCUUGCCCACGUCGCCUGAGACCAUUGUUUCACUAGUUAACCUUCUUGUGCUGCCUAUGAAUGAUCUUCAUCUUCCCAUUGCAUUGUUCAAAGGUACACACUUUUGUACAUAACAUCUUAUAUCCCACUUUGUCUCUUGUGAUUGCCUUCACCCUACUUUUUGUGUCUUUGUCUUUUCUGUGGCCUCUAAAUUGAUUGCACAAUCACAUGUUGAGGCACUUUAAGCCCCUACUUGAAAAGUAGCUAUGAAUUUAGAGAUUGGAGCACUAAUUUCUUAGGACAUGUGGAAGUUUGCCUCUCGUUUGACCAAUGCCAACAUUAUGACAUACAAGUGGGUCUUUACAUUGAAGUACAACCCAAAUGACUCCAUCACUCAUCAUAAAGCUUGUUUAGUUGCUUGUGGCCUCACUCAAGCCUAUGACAUUAAUUACACGGAGACCUCCCCUAUGGUCUGACUGAAGUCUAUUCAAGUUAUCUUUGACAGUGCAUCAUGAUUAGUCACUUCACCAAUUGGACAUGUCUAAUGGCUUCUGAUAACACUUAAAUAAAUAUUAUUCAUAAGUUAUAUUACAUCAAAGUUCAUGAUUUCUAGACAUAAAUUCACUAACUUACUAAUGAAUUCUCAUGUUUAUGGCACACAUCAACAUUCAUACACAUUUUAUGUAUUUCAUUCGUUUCUCAUUGAAUUAUACAUUUUUAGAUACUUGAUGUACAUCGUGUGAGAACAUAAUGUAAUUCUUUGUCUUCUAACCAUGUGAGAUUCAUAUGUUAAGUCUUAACUUACAGCUUAUUAAGGAGCCAAGAUCACACUUGGUCCUUAGGUGAAGAAUUAUGAGUUUAAGGCUCAUAAUCACAUAAAGAGAAACAAGCAAAGUGGGCUCAAAUGAAGAGUUAUGGGCAUAAGGCCCAUAUUCACUUAGAGGAUGUCACCUAAAGAGGGGAGAAGAAAGUUUCACCAUCUAUGCAAGAAGGGAGUGGCUCAUUCAUUGAUUUAAGGGUUAAUCAUGUUGUAAGAAUUAGAGAGAGAAAGAGGGGCGAUGUUGUAUACAUAUCAUGUAUCAACAAUGGAAAAACCUAGUUUAUCUUAGUGGAACUUUAGGUAAUUGUCAUCUGAUAAGUCUUCAUUAUCAUGAGUUAAUAAUUAAUAAAUAAUAUAGUUUUAGCCUUAACUCAUGAUAAAUAGACUUAUAUUUGUGUUAAAGUGUGAAAAGUGAUUUUCAAUUGAUUAGCAUAAAUUUUUGACUAAUUAUGUAAUUUUCUAUGAAUUUAUAUGAUUUUUACAAUCUUAUUUUUAAGAUAAAUAAAGAAAAAGAAAUAAAAAUAAAAAUAUAGCAAAAUGGGGGGUACUUGCUGGCUAGUUGGGCUCGCAAGCAGGUCGAAAUUACAGUUGAGGAGGAGUUGUGAGUAAGGGCUUAAGCAGCUAGGACUGAUGGGGGCACGUGUGUGUCACUCUCCUUCCACAUCACUAGUGACAAGCCGACUAUGGGGAAAGGAGUGGUCAUAUAUAUGCGAGAAAGGGACUUACUUUCAAAUGUAAUAUUACUAUAUAUUUGCUCAAAACUUCAGUGCACAAAUGAUGUGGGACUAAACCUGCGUCACACCUUCCCUAGAAAGGGGUGGGCAACCGACAUGGGUUUGAAUCCUCCUAGAGCUAAAACUCAUAUUUUUUAUUUGAUUAUUGUAACUUUCUUGCAUAUCAUUGGUAAAGGAUUAAGCAACCAUAAUUACUAGCUCAUUGGCAAAAAUCUCGUCAAUGCGAUUCACAUUACUAAAAUUGAACGAUUCACGAUAAAAGGAUCGCGAAUCCAUCGAGUAAAACAUCUCCGAUUGAUUGAUGAACAAGCCGUUGUCGAGAAGAGGACGAUCCAUCGAGAGAAAAGUCACCACCUCUUGAGAACAUACCGGAUGUAAUGAAGAGCCUCAUCUUGCUGUGCAAACCUGAAGAUGAAGCUCCCUAACACACGCCCCACCUCUAUCCAACUCCUCUUCAUCAUAUGACAGCCAUUGGAGAGCCGCAAAGUCGUAGUUUUUCUACUCUGUUGGGUGACAGCCACUAGAGACGAUUUGAUGACCUAUUUCAUUGAUCUCUAAACUUCUCAAUGAGAUCUAAAGAUUGUCUAUAUCGUCCUUGUCCAAUGAGAGAGCCUUUGAGGUUGUGGACACUGCACGACGAUCCUUUAGAACACUCAAGGUUCUACUAUAUUAACAACGCAUUACUGCCGUGAUGUCGGAACUCUAUUUUCUUACUUUCAACUUAAUUUUAACUUCGUUUAGUGAUAAUUUGUGUGAUUUAAAUUUACCAAGAUAUACUUCAUUUCAUUAUGAUUCUUCCGACUUUUAUAGAUCUUAAUUUGAUCAAUUAAAUCAUAUGUAAUCAUUUACAUAAGAAUUGUCGGGUAUAACUCUAUUUUCACCCAAUUCGCAUUCGCCAGGCACUGAUGUCAUCUUGACAUCCGCACCCUUAUUUCCCUUUUUGUAAAUUUUAAAUAUAUUUCAAUUUCAUUUCCUAGUGUAAAAUUCAUAAAAAAUAUCAUUCUUUGAAGAAAAUUCUGAAUAAUUACCUGGUAUUAUAUUACAUCCCUAUGACCGACUUGGAAAAUUACUACUAUUUUUAAAAGUUUUAUUAAAUUAUAAUUGAUAUAUUUAUUCAUAAAUACUUCUAAAUAUCUAAUAUUCAUAUAUUCUAGUUUUAUAAAUUUUAAAUUUGCAUGAUUUACUAUACAAUGACUAAGUCAUGUUAAUGAGUCUGAUGUUCUUAGUUAGAAAAUAGAUUCUGAUUAGCAUUAGAGUUGAUCAUGCAAUCCCUUUGAUCACUUGACAUCAUCCAUACUUUGACAAAUUCAUUUCACACCUAAGUCUCUUUUCUUCCCUUUCACUUCUCAUUUCUUCUUCUUCGUGAUCUCUAAUCAUUUCUAUCAAUCUUAAACAACAAAUAAAAGUGAACUCUACCCAGAAUUUCUUGAAGAUUAACUCCUGAACUUAUCAUAGUAUUAAAUUAUUUCAUAAUAUAAUCUAAAAGAAUAAAUACAAGAGUAUAAAUACUAUUGACCCUCAAAAAUGAUCUAUCACCUUCCUCUAUGGUGACUUAGAUGAUGGAGCAACCUCUAGAGUAUGUUGCUCAAGAGGAGUCUUCCUAGAUUUGUUUACUUCAACAUGCUAUCUAUAUACUCAAGUAGAGUCUUUGAACCUAGUUUGUGAAAUUUAGUGACCUUCUUACUAUCUUUGGUUUCACUCCAUGUAUUGUUGACCUCACUAUCCUAAUGAAGACUCCACCUAGAGGUAUGGUCAUCCUAGACAUGUAUGUUGAUGACAUUCUUAUGACAUGGAGUGAUGAGAAAAAUAUCUCUAUCACUAAAGCCUACUUGCAACAACACUUUUUCACAAGAGACUUGGGGACACCAUGAUACUUUAUUGGGAUAGAGUUUGUUUAUCAAUCAGGUAAGUUAGUUUUAUCUUAGAGGAACUAUACCCUCAACCUUCUUUAGGAAAUGUAGCUUCUUGGCUGCAAAAUAGAGUCAUCACUUAUGAAGGCCUAUCUGAAGUUUUGGGAUAUUACUUUACAUCUGAUGGAUAAUGUUAAUCGCUAUCAGUACUUAUUAGAAAAAUUAAUCUAUCUCGCUAUUACUCAUCCUAACAUUAUGCAUACAAUCAAUGCUCUCAACUAGCUUAAGUAGGAGCCUCGUCAAGUCUAUUGAGAGGGAGCACCAUGUGUCCUAGUGAUAAGUCUUCAUUAUCAUGAGUUAAUAAUUAGUAAAUAAUAUAGUUUUAGCCUUAACUCAUGAUAAAUAGACUUAUAUUUGUGUUAAAGAAUGAUUUUUGGUUUUCAAUUGAUUAAUGUGAAUUUUUGGGUAAUUAUGUGAUUUUAUACAAUUUUUACAAUCUUACUUUUGAGAUAAAUGAAGAACAAGAAAUAAAAAUAAAAAUAUUGCAAAAAUGGGGGGACCCGCCGGCCAGCCGUGCCUGCAAGCGGGUCGGAAGCGCAGUCGGGGAGUAAGCUGCGAGCAGGGGCUCGAGCGGCUUGGCUUGGGGACUGACAGGGCAUGCGUACGCCACUCCCCUUCCACGUCAUCGGUGGCCAGCCAGCUAUGGGGCAAGGAGUGGUCAUACACGCGAAAGAAGGGACUUUGCUCACAAAUCUAACAUUACUAUAUAUUCGCCCGAAAAAUCGGCAUACAAUCGAUGUGGGACAAACCCCCCUCACACCUUCCUCAGAAGAGGCGGGCGACCGGCGUGGGUUCGAAUCCUUCUAAAGUCAAAAUUCAUAUAUUUUUAUUUGAUUAUCACGACUUUCCUGCAGAUCGCCAGGGAAGGAUUAAGCAACGAGAAUCGCUGGAUCAUCGGCGAAAAUCUCGUCAACGCGAUUCGUAGAGCAUUGCUACUAAAAUUACUGAACGAUUCGUGAUAAAAGGAUCGCGAAUCCAUCGAGUAAAUCAUCUCCGAUUGAUCGACGAACAAGCCGUCGUCGGGAACAGGACGAUCUGCCGGGAGACCAGUCGCCACCUCCUGAGAGCGUACCAGAUGCGAUGAAGAGCCUCCUCUUGCUGCGCAGACCUGAGGAUGAAGCUCCCUAACAUGCGCCGCACCUCCAUCCAGCUCCUCUCCGUCGGGUGACAGCCGCCGGAGAGCCGCAAAGUCGCUGUUUUUCCGCUCCGCCGGGUGACAACCGCCGGAGACGAUUUGACGACCCACUUCAUUGAUCUCUAGACUUUGCGAGAAGAUCUAGAGAUUGCCCACGUUGUCUUUGUCCAAGGAGAGCCUUCGAGGCCGUGGACACUGCACGACGAUCCUCCCAAAUGCUCAAGAUUCCGGUGCAUCGCCGACGCAUUGCCGUUGCGACGCCGGAACUCUAUUUUCCUGCUUUCAAUUUAAUUUACACUUCAUUUAGUGAUACUUUGUGUGAUUUUAACUUACCAAACUAUACUUCGUUAAAUUACGAUUCUUCUGGCUUUUACAAAUUUUAAUUUGAUUAAUUAAGUCGUCUGUAAUCACUUACGUAAGAAUCGCCGGGCGAAACUCUGUUUCUGCCUUAUUCGCAUUCGCUGGGCGCUGAUGUCAUCCUGACACCCGCACCCUUUUUUUUUUUUUCAUGAAUUUUAAAUAUAUUUCCUUUUUUUUUCCUAGUAUAAAAUUCUUAAGAAAAUCGUAUUCAUUGAGAAAAAUUCUGAAUAAUUACCAUAUAUUAUAUUACAUCUCUGUGAUUGACCUGGAAAAUUACCGCUAUUUUUGGAAUUUUUAUUGAAUUAUAAUUGAUAUAUUUAUUUAGAAAUACUUCUAAAUAUCCGAAAAUUUGUAUUUUCUAGUUUUAUAAAUUUUAUAUUUGCGUGAUUUAAUAUACAACGACUAAGUCACGUCACCUAGCAUAUAUCAAACAGGCUUUAGAGAAGGGACCCAUUUAUAGACAUCAUGGUCACCUAUGUGUUGAAGCCUACUCAAAUGCUAAAUAUACUAGUGACAAAAGAGAUUGGAAGUUGACAAUUGACCAAUGUACAUAUGUCGGUGGCAACCUAAUCACUUUGUGCUCUCGAAAGUAA